UUUUUUCUGCUUUCUCUUCUGACCAUCUUCUUUGCAUCUGAUGGGUUUCUUUUUCUUCUGAAGAAUCUGAUUAACUUUCACUAACCAAAACUUUGCUUUUUCUUUUAACACGCGAGCUGUGUGUUCUGAACUUCUGAUCUUGUUUUGUAUCAGUCAGUACACUGAACACUUGCUGUAGAGAGUAAUACAAACACACACACAAGACAAGAGACAAUGGUGUCAAGAUCUUAUUCCAACCUCUUGGAUCUUGCCUCAGGCAACUUCCACUCCUUCUCCCGGGAAAAGAAACGGUUCCCAAGAGUAGCAACCGUCACAGGCGUCUUAUCAGAGCUAGACGACGACACCAACAGCAACAGCGUCUGCUCAGACGCACCUUCCUCCGUCGCACAAGACCGAAUCAUCAUCGUCGGCAACCAGCUCCCCAUCAAAUCCCACCGAAACUCAUCCGGCAAACUCACCUUCACAUGGGACAACGACUCCCUCCUCCUCCAGCUCAAAGACGGCAUGCGUGAAGACAUGGAAGUCGUCUACAUCGGCUGCCUCAAAGACCAAGUAGUAGACCCUCUCGAGCAAGACGACGUCGCUCAGAGACUCCUAGAGAACUUCAAAUGCGUCCCUGCUUACAUCCCUCCCGAGAUAUUCACAAAGUACUACCACGGCUUCUGCAAACAGCAUCUCUGGCCUCUCUUCCACUACAUGCUUCCUUUAAACCCUGACCUCGGUGGUAGGUUUGAUCGUUCCUUAUGGCAAGCUUACCUCUCUGUCAACAAGAUCUUCGCUGAUAAAGUGAUGGAAGUGAUUAGUCCCGACGAUGACUUCGUUUGGGUUCAUGACUACCACUUGAUGGUUCUCCCUACUUUCUUGCGCAAGAGGUUUAACAGAGUCAAGCUAGGGUUCUUCCUCCACAGCCCUUUCCCUUCUUCAGAGAUCUACCGCACUCUCCCCGUCAGAAACGAGCUCUUACGCGCCCUCCUCAACGCUGACCUCAUCGGUUUCCACACCUUUGACUACGCUAGACACUUCCUCUCUUGCUGCAGCAGGAUGCUCGGCUUGUCGUAUCAGUCCAAGAGAGGAACCAUAGGGCUUGAGUACUACGGAAGAACCGUGAGCAUCAAGAUUCUCCCCGUUGGAAUCCACACCAGCCAGCUCCAGUCGAUUCUUAACCUUCCCGAGACUCAGACAAGAGUCUCCGAGCUGAGAGAUCAGUUCUUGAACCAAAAGGUUCUCCUCGGUGUUGACGACAUGGACAUCUUCAAAGGGAUCAGCCUCAAGCUACUCGCCAUGGAGCAGCUUCUCCAGCAGCACCCCGAGAAGAGAGGACGUGUUGUCCUCGUACAGAUAGCUAACCCCGCGAGAGGACGCGGGAAAGACGUUCAGGAGGUUAGGUCAGAGACUCAAGCAACUGUCAAAAGGAUCAACGAGAUGUUCGGAAGACCAGGCUACAUACCUGUGGUUCUCAUCGAUAAACCUCUUCAGUUCUACGAGAGGAUCGCUUACUACGUGAUCGCAGAGUGUUGUCUAGUAACAGCUGUGAGAGACGGUAUGAAUCUCAUACCUUACGAGUACAUCAUCUGCAGACAAGCUAACCCUAAACUCAACGAGACGUUAGGGCUCGAAGAAGAAGCGAAGAAGAGCAUGCUCGUCGUCUCUGAGUUCAUCGGUUGCUCUCCUUCUUUGAGCGGCGCCAUCAGAGUGAAUCCGUGGAACAUAGACGCGGUGGCCGAGGCCAUGGACUACGCGUUGAUAGCUUCGGAGGCGGAGAAGCAGAUGCGUCACGAGAAGCAUCACAAGUACGUGAGCACGCACGACGUUGCCUACUGGUCGAGGAGCUUUAUACAGGAUCUAGAGAGGGCGUGCGCGGAGCACGUGAGGAAGAGGUGUUGGGGGAUAGGGUUCGGGUUAGGGUUUAGAGUCGUGGCGCUUGAUCCGAGUUUCAAGAAGCUUUCGAUAGAGCACAUCGUCUCGGCUUAUAAGAGGACUAAGAACAGAGCCGUUCUUGUGGAUUAUGAUGGGACUAUGGUGCAGCCUGGGUCUAUUAGAACGACGCCUAGCUUCUCGACGAUUGAGACGUUGAACAAGCUGGCUAGUGAUCCCAAGAAUAUCGUUUAUCUCAUCAGCGGGAAAGAUAGAAAGACGCUAACCGAAUGGUUCUCUUCUUGUGGUGGUCUUGGUUUGGCAGCAGAGCAUGGUUACUUUAUAAGGCCAAAUGAUGGAACAGAGUGGGAAACAUCGAGUGUAGUGUCGGCAUUUGAGUGGAAACAGAUAGCAGAGCCAGUGAUGAGACUCUACACUGAGACUACAGACGGAUCAACGAUAGAGACUAAAGAGACUGCUCUGGUUUGGAACUACCAGUUUGCUGAUCCUGACUUUGGAUCUUGUCAAGCUAAAGAGCUUAUGGAACACUUGGAAAGCGUGCUCACGAAUGAUCCAGUCUCUGUCAAGACCGGACAGCAACUCGUUGAAGUUAAACCACAGGGCGUGAACAAGGGUCUUGUGGCAGAGAGGCUUCUAGCGACGAUGCAAGAGCAAGGGAAGCUUUUGGAUUUCAUUCUAUGCGUUGGAGAUGAUCGGUCUGAUGAGGAUAUGUUUGAGGUGAUAAUGGGUGCAAAAGACGGACCAGCUUUGUCUCCAGUGGCUGAGAUAUUCGCUUGCACCGUUGGACAAAAGCCAAGCAAAGCUAAAUACUAUUUAGACGACACUGCAGAGAUCAUCAGGAUGCUUGAAGGUCUAUCUACCUCCGCCGCAGCACCUGAUCAUCAAACCCCGGAUGUUCCAACAACAAAAGAUAUCUUCUAAGGAUUUGUGUGAAACGUUGAGUUUUAUUUAAGAGUGACUUUGUGUAUGGUUUUUCAAGUUUAGGAAAUGUCUUUUUUUUUUUCCUUUUUUGUUGUUGGGAUUAACGUAAAAACACAUGAUAAGUUUUAAGGUAAGCAACUCUUCUUUAUGGGCAA